AUGGCCGAAUCCCUUCCAUGCCCUUCAUGGAUUUGGUCCAACAAUUCCAACGUCCAUGCCGCCAAAGAUCGGACAUGGUUCGGCGCCGAUUAUACGCCCUUUGACUCCAUGGUCGGCUCCAUGGCGGGGGAGACCCGUACGCCCGUUGUGGGGAUCGGCACCGUCGAACUCCCCGUCAAACGGAGCCCCAGCGCUACCGGCCCACGAUCUCACGGCAUCCUACGACUGCGCAACGUCCUUCACAUCUCCACACUCAUUUGCAAUAUCAUUGGAAGUCCUAUUUUAGACGAAUACACCGUCCAUACAGGCUUCGAUGAUAAAGAUACGAAAGGCACCAUCAAAGAUAAACACAGUAGGAGCGCCGCCUAUUUUGACCCCCGCAUCAAACCUUUUCAGGUGAGAUUGAGCGGUCCACCUAUCGGACCUCGGGUUGGCCCUGCUCCAUUUGAAGUGUCUAAAUUGUACGUGAUCAACGUGCUAUGGGCCGACAGUGAACGGGAAAAAUGGGAGGAUCACCGCGCCAGCGAAGCUUUGCAGCAGGCGGAGGAGGUAGGCCCACUUACGACAGAGGAAAAGCAGUUUCUCAAGGAUCACUGGGGCAACGAGUUCAAAUUUCUGAUGAGCCACGGUCUCAACAUUAAUAAGGAUGACGAUCGUGAGGAGGGCCGUGUAGUCCUCCGGGCCAUCAUGGCCGGCAGUGACAGCGACGACAGCGAUUCGGGUCUGGACGACCCUAACGAAUACCGCCCGGAGGUCCAACUAGCUGAAUCGUAUUUUGACGCCGACCAAGUGAAGUUCAUCAAUAAGCAUUAUGGUGAUCCGCUCACAUUCAUGAUCACCUUUGGGCUGAAAUUCUACAAGGCUGAUGACUGCCAAGAGGCGAGGUCUAUUGUUGAGAGCCUCAUGUAUCCCGAUAGUGACGAAUAA